AUGCGGCACAUGGCCACUCGAGUCGCCUUGGCGGCAGUCGUCUUCGCUUCACUCGCGACCGCGAUUCCUCAUGGCGACGAUGAAUCAAUGGACAUGGGAAUGGACAUGGGUGCUAGCACUGCCGUGCCACAGCCUUCCACUACUGCGGCUCAUGCUACCCCUGAUGGUCCGAUGAGCUAUUUCGCAUAUGGGAAGCACUCCAGCUCGAUUAUUGCGCAUAUUGCGCUGAUGGUUUUGGGCUGGUGCUUUGUUCUUCCUGUUGCUGUCAUGCUUAGUAUUGCGCGUUCUCGCAUGGCGCUUCCGUCGCAACUCCUUUUCCUGGUGUUCAACGCUUUCGGUCUCCUGUUCGGCAUUAUCUAUAACGACCAGACGCCCGAUCUUUACGAAAACAACGCUCACCACAAGAUUGGUUGGGUCAUUACAUCUGUGAUCACAGUCCAGGUCGUUCUGGCUUUGGUCUUUGCAUAUGCUGGUCGCGGACAGUCAGCUGCGCCGAAGUAUGAGCGUGCUGAUUUCUUGCCUGCCUCGACUGACGAGCGUGAGCACAUGUACCCCAGUGGUGCCGUGCACGAGUACCGCUGGUCUCGCGACAGCGGCCAGGGAACUGACAGCAACUCGCCAUCUUGCGAAUGGUCUGGGUAUGAUGAUGGCUUUGAGAAGCCCGAAGAGUUGCCUACAAAGUCCUCGGACUCCCGCGGCUGGUUCCAAAAGACCAAUGUCGGCCGUUUCCUUGCCGAACAUGUGCCUGAUAUGAUCUCCAGCCGCGCUCUUCGUGGCUUGAACCUCGUGUACAACUUUGUCGAUCGCAUCAUUCUUCCCUUUGGCUUUGCCGCUAUGGCAACUGGCGCUGUUACCUAUGGUGGUAUCAUGAGAGGCCAGGAUGUUUUCAACGGGCUUGCCCACUGGAUCAAGGGUGGCAUUUUCUUCUGGUAUGGCGUUCUCACUCUUGGACGUUAUGUCGGCUGCUGGGCAGAUCUGGGCUGGGCCUGGAACAAGAAGCCCUCGGCUUCUGUUGUGGGUGCCUGGAAGGCUAAGGUUCCCACUGGCGAGGCGACGGAGUCUUUUGUCAUCUUCCUCUAUGGAGUCACCAAUGUCUUCCUGGAGCAUCUGUCCAAUGCAGGUGAUGAAUGGUCACCUACUGAUCUCGAGCACGUCUCGAUCUCCGUGCUGUUCUUCGGCGGUGGUCUGCUCGGUAUGCUUUUCGAGUCAAACACCAUCCGCGAUUGGCUCAACAGCACUGUCCUGCAGACCCCCCAGGGUUCAUCAGACGAAGCUUGGCAACCACCAAAGACCCAGCGUGUCUCCCUGAACCCAAUGCCAGCCCUCAUCAUUAUGCUACUGGGCAUGAUGAUGGGCUCACACCAUCAAGACAGCAUGACCUCGACAAUGGUGCACAAGCAAUGGGGCAACAUGCUAAUGGGCUUCGCCAUAGCCCGCGGCAUGACCUACGUCCUAAUCUACCUCAAGCCACCAACCUCAUACCUCCCAGCUCGACCCCCAACCGAAAUUAUCGCAUCCUUCUGUCUGAUCUCGGGAGGCCUCAUUUUCAUGAUGAGCACUCGCAAUGUCAUCGAAGCAAUGGAGUACUACAAGAUAGACGCAAUGUUCACCUUCACCAUUGGCCUGGGCUUCAGCGCCUUCAUUAUGGCCUACGAAAUCCUCUGCAUCGCCCUGAAGGCUUGGGUUGUGAAGCGUGCCCAGCGCCCACAGCCUACCUUCCGCUUCCCGUGA